CUAUGAGUUAUCAAUGUAUUUAAGAAAGAACUCUCCUUAUAAAGAAUAUUUUCAAAAGGGAAUAUUGUUACUCAAAGAAACUGGAAUAAUAAAUCAUGAGGAUAAAAUUAGGAAUAGAAGAAAUAAAAAAUGUUUAGGCAUGGUAAAAUAUAUUGAGAUUGGACUAGAAGAAACUUCAGUCGCUCUUGAAAUCUUCCUGUUUGGAUUGAUAUGUUCCACUUUCAUCUUUAUAAUAGAAUUAAUUAAUGCAAAAUUUAUGUCUUGGUUAAUAGAAUACAGAAAGCAGAACUAAAAAAGAAGUUAAAAAUAUUUUCACUAAUACUUACUAAUUACUUGAUGUUGAUUUAACUAAAAUAAUUGUACUUCAUGAAAUAAAAAU